CGCAUGAUCAGCCGGUUAAUAAGACGCCGGUUUGUAAGUUUAAACAGAUGAGAGAUGCUGUCAGGGUGAGACCCGAACCAGGACCCGACAGAACAAGGCAAGAGUUAGAGAGACAGGAGGUCUGGAACAGGUCUGGAACAUGGUUCAACAGACCGAACAUGGCGGACAGGGGACUAAGGAGGACAGGGAGCUGCUGCCGGCCUCAGCGUGCAGCCCCGGACCCGUGAAGCCGGACUGGUGUAAGACCGCAUCCGGUCACAUUAAGCGGCCCAUGAACGCCUUCAUGGUCUGGUCUAAGAUCGAGAGGAGAAAGAUCAUGGAGCAGAGCCCGGAUAUGCACAACGCAGAGAUCUCUAAGAGGCUCGGGAAGCGCUGGAAGAUGUUAAAGGACCCCGAGAAGACCCCCUUCAUCCGGGAGGCGGAGCGGCUCCGGCUCAAGCACAUGGCGGACUACCCGGACUACAAGUACCGACCCAAGAAGAAGCCCAAGACUGAGGGGGGACCGUUUCCUGCGGGGAAGUCUGCCACUCAGUCCCCGGAGAAAACAGCAGCCAGACCUGUGAGUAAGACCCAGACCCAGACCGCCGCCAAAAAACUCUCUAAGUUGAAGCCCAGCAAACCGGCGGCGGGUCCGGUCCGAACAGGGACCCACAUCCAGCACCAGCACCAGCAGCACCAGGACCCCAGAUACCGGUACGUCCUCACCAGCAGCUUCAAAGCCAGCAAACUGGUCCCGAAGAGGGACUUCACUGACUCUGAUGAGGAUGAGACUGAUGAUGAUGAAGAUGAUGAUGAUGAGGACUCUGAUGAAGAAGAGGAGGAGGACGAGGCGUCCCGGUUCAGCCCUGCAGCCGAGCCUGAGGGGACCAGCAUGUUCGAGUCCUCUGGUCGGCUCUUCUACAGCUUCAAGAACAUCACCCGACAGGGGACCAGCACGUCCUCAUACCCGGCCUCCCUCUCACCAGCGUCCUCGUCCCGAUCCGGAUCCACCUCCUCCUGCUGCGGGGAGGACCUGGACGACCUCCCCACAGAGAGCUCAGACUUCACCCUGAACCUCCUGGCGGGUCUCCACGCCUCCUCAGAGCCGUGGAACACGUCCUGCAGCACGGGGAACCUGAGCCUGUCCCUGGUGGAUAAAGACCUGGACACGUGCAGCAGUGAGGGCAGCCUCGGGUCCCACUUCGAGUUCCCGGAUUACUGCACCCCUGAGCUCAGUGAGAUGAUCGCAGGGAACUGGCUGGAGGCCAACUUCUCAGACCUGGUGUUUACGUACUGAUCCGGGUCCACACCGGGUCAGGUAAGAGGAUUAUCACCACCCUCCAUCCUGCACCCUCAUCUGCCUCCUCCAGAGCCAGUCAGGGACCGGGGUGAUGCGGCUGCUGCUGCCCUGGGGAAGGUGACUGAAUCCGGGGAGAGCAGGGAGACACACCUCGGUACUUCUGGAAGAAAAAAAAAAAAAAGAUGAAAUAAAUCACUACAGGGUUUUAUGGAUUUAUUUUUCUGAACCAGGUCCCAAACCAGACCCAGGACCAGGACUAUGCAUUCCCGUCCAGACCGUAAAGGACUCUAAAAUCAGGACUCUUCUUCAGGACUCUUUUAUGACUCUUCAUUAAAGUCUUUAUUUUAUAUUCAGUGGAUGUUGAGUUGAAGCCCAAAAGGAGCACCAUUUUGAUAUUUACAUAACCAGACAUACCUCAUGUUUUUUUAAAGAUCUGCAGAUUAAAAACUAUUUUCAGCAUAUUUUUGUACAGUAAAGGGAAUGUUCAGGCACUUCUUCUUCUCCUCCUCCUACCACGGUUCAUUCUGACUGAUGAUGAAUAUUAUUAUUUGUAUUUGAGCAUGUGAGGGUUUCAGAUCUUCAGAUCCCAGCCAGCCUGCCUUGCUUUGAUGCCUUGCUGUUGUUUUAAAAAAAAGAGUGUACAGACAGAAGCGGAGCCUUUAUUGUGAAGGGGAGACUGUCAGAAGCGGAGCCUUUAUUGUGAAAGGGGAGACUGUUGGGUUGUAUAUGUUUGUAAGAUAGUUAAAGUUUAGGAGUUUAUGUAUAUCAGUGUGAAUGAGUCCAAACUGGAUUUUCUGUUACAUUUUUUAUAUCAUUGACGGCACAUAUUGUAUUAUUUUUUUUCUCAUUAUUUUUGUGCAAUAUAAAGAAAAAAUAGAAAAAAUGAACUAAAGGAGCAUUCCGUGUUUUUUUGGUAGCAGAGAGGAGACUGCGUUAACUCGUCCCUUCAUGAUGAAGUGUGUAUGUGACAACUGAAUAAAUCAGCUGGAACUGAGA